AUGGAACACCAUGGUGAUUCUAAGGAAGAAAGACAGCUUAUCAUGGAUCAGUUGCAGCAACAUAUCUGGUUCCCAUAUAUGUCUUUUAUGCAAUUAGAGGAGCUGGCUUCAUGUCUUCAUCUCAAGGGUGCUUCAAAAAUCGCAGAAGAGGCUUUGCUUUGCAAACUUGGCCAAGAGCAUUUACCUGCUAGGAGGGCAUACAAACUCCAGCCCAUUAAGUCUCGGAAUUUUGAUUUGGUUGGAAAGACUGUGGAAGUACACUUGGAUAUCAAGCGUGAUGAUUGUGCCAAACUCUAUCCGUUUGGUAAAAUGACUUUCGAACCAUUUAAUUUGGGGGGAAAAAUUUUCGUUAUUCAAGCAUAUUACCAUAGAGAUGAGGGGGGAAGCACUUGUUUUGGCCUUUAUUCUCAGUCCCCUCCGCAGACUGCAUUAAAUAUUUCAGUUGAAUUUGAAUAUUCUGUCAAGCGUAGGCCAGACAUGGAAUUUGCUGUGCUAGCAAGGAAUAGAGCCCUGAUCACUCCAGUAGUCGGUACAGGAUACCGAAACAUUUUCCAGCUGCCAUGGAUCAGUUUAUUGCAGAGGGAUGUGACUUUUUUUUAG